AUGUCUCGAUUGGUUCCUUACUUGGUGACCCCGGAACCAAAGCGUAUAGCCCAUUUUAUUAGGGGUUUAGCCCCGGAGAUCAAAGCUAGUGUGAAAGCAUCUCGACCUACUACCUUUAGGUCUGUAGCUGAUUUGUCAUUAUCUCUUACCCUUGAUGCGGUCAGGCAGAGAUCGCUUAGGAAUUCUGAUGAAGGAAAGAGGAAGCUUGAGAAUGAAAACUCACACCAUUCAGACAAGAAACAUAAAGGGAAUUCUGACCACAAGAAGAGUUCAGAGUUCAAGAAAUAUGAUCAACAUUCGGGUGAGAAGCCCAAAUGCAAAAUCUGUAAGAAGCGCCAUCUGGGAGAAUGCAGGUAUGAGUCGAAAUCCCAAUCACAACCUAGGGUUUGUGGAAUUUGUAAGUCUAGCGAGCAUAAGACAUUGGAUUGUAAGAAGAUAAAGGAUGCAACUUGUUACAACUGUAACGAGAAGGGGUAUAUCAAGUCUGACUGCCCAAAGUAUGCCAAGAAACCUGAAGACGGCAAAAAGACCAAUGCCCAGGUCUUUCAGAUGAAUGCUCAAGAAGCAAUCCAGAAUGAUAACGUGAUAACAGAUAAAUCGUUGUUGAUGAUAAGUUUUGUAAAUUGUUAA